AAAAAAGGCAUAUUCUUAGUGACCAAGCGAGACGCAGUAUGUUUCCAGUCGCACCGUUGCCGGUCGACAGCCCACGGCUUCCAGCAGCGACGCGAGCCUUCUCCGUGAAAUGGAACAAGGUGUCGCUCGUGACGAGCUUGCUCAUGCUGCUCAACAUCGCCGCGAUGCCGAUGAAGGCGUACUUUUCCGAGGAGUUUCCAUGGCAGAGCGACGAUGGUCCAGUGCCCGUCUUUGGCAACCUCGCGGCGGAUGAUCCUGCGUACCUCGCUUUGAUGCAAACCCUCUUCAACCGUGUGACGCUCGCCGGUCGACCUUCCUUCGUCUACAACGCCACGCUGCGCUGCGACAUUUUCCGGGGUCGAUUGGACCUGCGACACAAGCGCCCAGUGCCUCUCGACGACUGCGUGUCGUUCUACUAUGGCACGCCGGGCUUGAUGUUUUAUGCGCCGUCGCUCUUGGACGCGCUGUGUCCGCUGGCCGCUACCGACCACCGCAACGCCACUUGGCCGGACGAAAUGACGUGGCAGUCGCAUGGCGGCUGCGAGGUGGUGAUGCUUCUUGGAGUUCACUUAUCCCAAGGCUGCCUCUGGCUUGACGUCGGCGACGAUCUCAAUAAUGGCACCAGCCCUCCGACGCCCGGUGUCUUUACACUCACGUACGCGUUCCAACGCCCCAAGUACUUCAAGUGGCUCUGGUUCAAGUUUGUGUACCGCCUUGGUUUGAUCGCUUAUGUCGUCUGGGUCACGUACGCCCGGUACUAUGCGCACUGUGUGGCGUUGCGUGCAAUUCUUGUCGCCAACGGCCACCGCGUCCCUCGCCCGAGUCCCGACUGGAGCUACGAGCUUCUGAUUGGCGAUCCGACCGCGCUUGUCCUCUCCGACCCAAUCGUAUGCACGCUGUUUUUUGUCGAUAUUUGGCUCAGCACAGGGGUUGCGGGCGUCGCCUUGUCCCGCGCAAUGCAAGUCGAAGAUUUCUACUACACAUUUCUGUCCUUACUGUAUCUUUCGCGCAUGGUCUGGCUCGCCUACCUGGCCCUGUGCCUCCUUAGCAAAGUGCUCAAGCGGUACCACAAGGAGAACUAUUUUCGCGAGCUCGACAAGACGCUCGUUGCGAUUGGCAUUUUCCUCAGUUUCAUCCCAUUCACGUACGUGCAAGCCAACACGCCGAUGGUGCACGUGUACCUUUGGCUCUCUUGGCUCUUGCCCACCAAGGACCCAAGGACCCAAAUCGACGUCACCCUUGGCGGUGGGCUUUUCACACUGCUCAUUGCAAACUUUCCCGUCAUCUUUGGACUUGUCUCGCAGCGCUUUCCGCGACGGCACCACCGUGUGGCCACGCAGCGCACGCGGUUUGCGAGCCAAACGUUCAAUGGCUUCAAGGCCCGAGUCAUUUUGUACCUGGCGCGGUACUGUGCGCCCAAGCAGCGCAACGUUGUCGAGUCCGGCGGCUCGAUUUACGCGGCGCUGGCUGCCGACGCCUGCUACAAGCAGUGUCCGACCAUGGGUCUCCGCAGCGUCGACUGCUUCCUACUUUGCAAACGUCAGGGCAUCCCGCGGCACAUGAUUCGACUCAGCCUCGCGUCAAGCCUCGACCGCAACCUCUUGAACCCAGCACUCGCGAUCACCGAAGACACUGCGAAAGCUGGCACGACCGUCUUUGGCCACAUCAACUCGGUGGCCCUUGGACCACAAUCGCGCACCUUUACGCUCCAGCGAGGCAGCGUCCAAAGCGCGUGGCUAGCGUAAGUUGGCUUGUUGGGACGAUCGAUUGGUCGAGAAUCAAAGUACCUUGAGUAUAUGUAAGCUGGGUAAAUGGACUACGCCAAUAGUCGUUG